AUGGCGGUGAACAUGGCCUCCGAUGGUCUCAUCGACGUGUGCGUAGUAGGUUUUGGCGCCAUUGGUGCGUUGUACGCUUUUGCCCUCGACAAGACAAGCAAGGUACGCAUAACUGCGGUGUGCAGAUCGAACUACGAUGCCCUACAAGAGCAUGGGCUAGAUUUCGAGUCUGACAGAUUCGGGAACUACACCGCAUGGAAGCCAUAUCGCGUCGUACAGACGGUCGAAGAAGCCGCAGACCGCACAUACGCGUACAUCAUCUGCGCCUUCAAAUGCGUCCCAGAGGUCUGCACGACCCCAGCGCUGCUCGCCCCACUGAUCUCCAAGCUCGCCGCUUCCCCUCCAGCUGAUGCUACUGCUCCCAGCGGCGAUCGCACCACAAACACGACCUUCGUCCUGCUCCAGAACGGCAUCGGGAUCGAAGACGCCCUUCUCGACGUCUUGGGUGUGAUCAGCGCUCCAACGACAGUCAUCUCCGGCUGCUGCUGGGUCGACACGACUGCCACUAAGGGAGGCCGGAGGAUCGUCCAGCACGGGAAUGAAAGGCUCGUUCUGGGCUAUCACCGCCCCACAUCCCACACUGCCGUGCACUUCAGCGAGGAGACGGCCAAAAGGUCGCUUGACGAACUCGUAGCGUUGCUCCGUACCGGGGGCUCCGUCGUCGAAGCAGCUCCAGACGCCGACGUCGCGCGAUGGCGGAAGGUACUCUGGAACGCGUCCUUCUCCACCAUCUGCACGCUUGCGCGGACGCAUGUAGGCGACGUCCUCGCGCUCGAGUCUUCACGUCAGGUGCUCAAGGACAUCAUGGCGGAGGUUCUCACCGUCGCACGCGCGUCGCUCACACCCUCGCCGGCGAUGGACGAAGAGCUUUCGGAUGCAGUGAUCGAUCGCAUCAUCGCGAACGAGAACCCGAAGUCGGUGUUCCGCCCAUCGAUGCUCGUCGACUUGGAUUAUGGGCGGCCCAUGGAGGUCGAAGCGAUCGUUGGUGGCGUUCUGCGCCGGGCGAGAGCGAAGGGUGUGCCGACGCCGAAGUUGGAUCUCAUCUAUGCCGCGCUUUCAGUCAUCCAGAGCAACUUGAUCAAAGCGAAAGCUUGAUGUGGGUGAACGUGUGCGGGGCCGAGAUACGUCGGUCAAAACUGAGGGCAGAAGUGUAGAACAAAUGUACAUUCACGUCUUC